CGCAGUGUUGAAUGACGUAAGUAUGAUAGUGUAGUUAGAGCAUUUUGCACCGUGAUGGCUGAGAAACCCAAGUACUAUGGAAAAAAUCGUAGUAUUGUACGCAGAAUUGGAUCGUUUCUACCGCUGAAGCCUCUCCCAAAAAUCUACGUCAGCGUAACUGCUUUACAUUCAAUGAGCAAUUCAAUGAUCAUUGAUGAUGCAAACUCAAACGUUGCUGACACAAAUGGAUUUGGAUUGGGAAGCGGGCGAUUAUCUGGAAGUAAGCCAGACCUGUUAGAAACAAUCAGCUUCGGUUCUGAAGUAAGAUUGCUUGCCCUGGAACAGGAAUUACAAGAAAUGAGAGAGAAGAUUGCAACAAUCGUCCAACACAUCAAAACACCAGAUCCACCGUCCAACACGACCAGUGAGAAUGCAUAUGCAAACGACCCACCCCGACCUCCUCCGCCACCACCACCACUUCCGCCACCAAGUACACCACACAUAGCAAGAAGGGCCAGCUUGCAAGAUCAUACAACAAAUGAAUGGCAUAAGCCACCCUUGAAUAGCCAAAAAUCAAUGGGAGAUAUUCUAAAGGAAAUGGACAAGGUCAAAUUGAAGCCUAUUGCAAGAUCGCCAGGUGGAGGACCAUUGAAGGUAAAGCGUGGAAAUGCUCCUAACAAUGAUCUGCAAGAAAUUUUGAGAAAGCGGUACAGCGCUGUACAAGCUGAAUCUCCAGAUAGUCGAAACUCAUCCAUCAUCUCAGCUCACAACGAUUCAUUUACCCAUUAAAAACUCCUGUGAAAAUCAAAUAUUUAAAUACGAUAUGAUGAAGACUAGUGAUUUUUUUUCAUCCUCUAUUCCAAUUGAAUUACAAAUCGAAAAUUUUUUACUUCAUCGUGAAAUAAGAUUUUACCUUUUUGCAAUCACAUAUCUUUUAUUUGAAACGAAAUUUAUUACCCUAUGUCGAAUCUCUUUAUCCGCCAAAGAGGGUGCUAUUGAUAUUUUAAUUUGAAUGAUUGAGUUGUCAUUAUGCGUGUAGUCAUAUUAUAAUAUUACAUACCUGUCAAUAAUUAAAGUUUUUGAUAAAUAUAAAUAAUGUUGCAUCAUAAGUCUCGAAAGGAAUCUGACUUUUAAAUGUCUACAAGCAAAACGAAAUGCCAGCUCAUUUAUCACCAUUCCAGUUAUGCACAACUGAGUUAAAUUUUUUUUAAACACAAACCGUUACAACACAAAGUAUUGAGGACAUGUUCUCAAAGUUUUUAUUAAUUCGCCAUGUAACCAGAAAAAAGUACGAUUACACAUAACGUAAAUUUGUAAUUCUACUCCAUGACUACCCUGAAAUUACUGUGAAUAGAACUGUAAUCUCAAGGAUAAUACGUACAUAUUCUGGGCUUGGUUAAUUUUACGAUCUAUUAUACAUGUGUAUAGAUGUUCAGGUGUCAUAUACAUACAUAUAUACAUGUGUAAAUGUAUAUGUGUGUUUGUUAAAUGGACCACCGGUGAUAACAUAGAAGGCUGGUUUUACUCAUCUCACAAUAUGUAAGCGUAUUUUGAGUCGUUGACUUGCAGUAGGUGAUACAUUUAAAAGUUAGUAUUAUCGAAUGACGAAAGUUCAAAACUAAGAAUUACCAACAACAACUUCACAUUAUGUGUUACUAGAAAAUUAUUAAAUUUUUUAAUAGCUCAAGUUUGUAUGCUUUGAAAACACUCUUCUUUGAGUGAAUCAAAAUUCAUUUUAUUUUUAAUGAAUUGUAACUCGAUCCCUACAUCGAUCUAUAAAACUUCAGCCUGAAACACUAAUUCUGAGAUAUGAAGCAGCUCGGGCCAGUGAUUUGUGUGUAAAUGUUGAAUAAGAUGGAAUAACCAGUUAUAGUUUAAUUGCCUAUAUCGAGGUGUGGAUUGAACUGUAUCCUCCUCGAAUAACUAACUACGUGACAUACGCAAGACUACUCUUACAAUAUGUAGCUUCUGUAUUACUUUUUUAUCAG